AGAGUAUAUGUGCCAAAUUGAUAACUUCUAAUAAAUGGAGGGUGCAAUUAAUAAAUAAGGAGAGACGGAAAAAGAGACGCCGUUGAAACACCGCAAAACAGAGAAGCGCCUUUUGAUUGUCUCUCUCCCGGAGAUCUCUCUUUCUCUUCUUCUCCAUCCUUCUUCUCUCGGCGCGCGCUUCAUCCCCACCACCUUCGAAUUCGUGUACGAUCUCUAAAAUCCAGUUUUGCUAUCGACUUAUCUCUUAUUGCGCCAUUGUUAUGCAUAAGAAGGGGAUUUUAACAAUCUAGGGCCGGUGAAUAAGAUCAUACUUGAAAAAUCUGAUUUUGUAGAUGAAAUCGUUGUGGGCAAUUUGCUUGUUUGGUUAGGCCCUUUGAGGGAAGCUGCUAGGAUGGGUGUGAAGCAGGCUCUAAGGAGCAUUGAUGCGUUUCCAAGAGCAGAGGAUCAUUUGCUUCAGAAGACACAAUCUGGCGCUGUUGUAUCUAUUGUUGGACUUCUUAUAAUGGCUACUUUGUUCUUACACGAGCUGAGUUAUUAUCUUAACACACUUACAGUGCACCAGAUGUCAGUGGACUUAAAGCGUGGAGAAACUCUUCCAAUUCAUGUAAAUAUGACGUUUCCAUCUUUACCUUGUGAUGUACUGAGCGUAGAUGCUAUCGACAUGUCAGGGAAGCAUGAAGUGGAUCUUGAUACAAACAUUUGGAAGCUCCGUCUCAACAGUCAUGGUCAUAUCAUAGGCACAGAAUAUAUAUCUGAUCUUGUUGAAAAGGGGCAUGAGCAUGGCCACUCACCUCACAAGCAUGAUGGCAAAGAAGAACACAAGAAUGAGACUGAAACCGAAGCAUUGAAUAUUCUUGGCUUUGACCAAGCUGCUGAGACUAUGAUUAAAAAAGUGAAGCAAGCAUUGGCAGAUGGAGAAGGAUGUCGGGUUUAUGGUGUCCUAGAUGUACAACGGGUUGCCGGAAACUUCCAUAUUUCAGUUCAUGGGCUGAACAUCUAUGUUGCUCAGAUGAUAUUUGGCGGGUCCAAAAACGUAAACGUGAGCCAUAUGAUUCACGAUCUAUCAUUUGGGCCGAAAUACCCCGGAAUUCACAACCCACUUGAUGACACCAACCGAAUACUCCAUGACACCAGUGGAACAUUCAAAUACUAUAUUAAGAUUGUUCCCACAGAAUAUAGAUAUCUUUCAAAAGACGUACUGUCAACAAAUCAGUACUCUGUAACUGAAUAUUUCACGCCAAUGACUGAAUUCGACCGUACAUGGCCAGCUGUUUACUUCUUAUAUGAUCUUUCACCUAUCACUGUGACCAUCAAGGAAGAACGCCGUAGUUUUCUCCACUUAAUCACUCGUCUUUGCGCUGUAUUAGGCGGUACAUUUGCUUUGACAGGAAUGUUAGAUCGUUGGAUGUUCCGCUUUAUUGAAUCUUUCAACAAGAAGCCGAGUACUAGAGCGUAAACUAGCUGAAACAGAGACAAAACAAUGAGAAACAAAAAAAACCAAAGGAAGGAAGAAGAAUCUCUCAAAUCCCAAAACUUGUAUCUGCCUUCUUCAGACAACAACACCCACCAGAGAUUCCAGGAUUGAUGAUUACAUUACUCAGAAACUCUAGAAUCCAUGGAUAUAGUUUUUUUUUGAGUCUCUCUUAUGUAUUACUCUGAUUAUCUCUGGUUAAACUAGUAGAGUUAAUUUGUAAUUUUUAUUCACCUUGCUUCCUGGGAUUUUAACAUUUUUGCAUCUUUUCACUUGUCUCAGUAAAAAAACAAAAUUAUACUGUAGCUCACCGUAAG